GGGAGGCGAAGCAGCGGUGGUGGGCCGAGGGAGAGGUGAGGUUGGGGUGCCGGCAGGGCCUCGGGCUCUAGGCUCGGGGUACAGAGCCGGCGAGGAGGUCCGGGGCGCGAGGCGGCAGUGGCGGGGAGCCCAGUGACAUGACGCGGCCGGACGAUGAGGAGGGGGCGGAGGUGGCAUCUGGGCACCGGCUCUCGAAUGGAUACCUUCCGGUCCCGCGGGGCAGCCCGCGGGGGAGGCGAGCGUGGAGCCGCUGAGUGAGCCUACAGCCAGCUGCCUGCUUCUGGCUGGGGACAGCCCGCUGCCGCCUCGGCAGCCCUAAGCGGGCCACAGACGGUGCUGGCCCGGAAGAGGAGACCCAUGCCCGGCUGCUGCCCAUGGGCGCCAGGGAGGAGACGCCAGCCGAGGGCGCGCCGCUGCCCCGCACGGCGCUCUCCGCACGGCGCUUCGUGGUGCUCCUCAUCUUCAGCCUGUACUCGCUGGUCAACGCCUUUCAGUGGAUUCAGUACAGCAUCAUCAGCAACGUGUUCGAGGGCUUCUACAGCGUCUCCUCGCUGCACAUCGACUGGCUGUCCAUGGUGUCAUGCUGGCCUACGUGCCCUCUUCCCUGCACCUGGCUGCUGGACACCAGAGGCCUACGGCUCACAGCCCUGCUCGGCUCCGGCCUCAACUGCCUGGGUGCCUGGGUGAAGUGCGGCAGCGUGCAGCAUCUCUUCUGGGUCACCAUGUUGGGUCAGUGCUUGUGCUCCGUAGCCCAGGUGUUCAUCCUGGGCUUGCCUCGCAUCGCCUCUGUGUGGUUUGGGCAGGAGGUGUCCACAGCUUGUGCCACCGCCGUGCUGGGCAAUCAG